GGGCUGCUCUCCAUCAUCCAGAGCCUGAAGGGUUCCCCAGAGCAGGAGCUCUGCAUCGUCCUGCUGGGGCUGGACAAUGCGGGGAAGACCACGCUGCUGAAACGCCUGGCGUCCGAGGAGGUCAGCACCAUCACGCCCACCCUGGGCUUCAACAUAAAGAGCAUCCACUCGCAAGGCUUCAAGCUAAAUGUCUGGGAUAUUGGGGGGCAGCGCUCCAUCCGCCCAUACUGGAAGAAGUAUCUGAGCAGCACAGACCUGCUGAUUUAUGUCAUUGACAGCGCAGACCAGAAGCGUUUUGAGGAGACAGGGCAGGAGCUGGCAGAGCUCACCAAGGAGGAAUCCCUCACGGGGGUCCCGCUGCUGGUGUUUGCCAACAAGCAGGACCUGGUGACUGCAGCACCUGCAGCAGAAAUCGCGGAAGGGCUGAGCCUCCACACCUACCGGGACCGGGAAUGGCAGAUCCAGGCCUGCUCAGCCUUGUCUGGGGAAGGAGUGCAGGAUGGGAUGAACUGGAUUUCGAGCCAGAUCAUGAACAGAAGGAAGUGA